UUCGGCGCUCGCGGGGGCGGCUAGCAACGCUCCGCGCUCUCUCCGGUUUCAGCGAACUGUGCCUCCAGCGGGAAGUAUCUUCAUUGCCGCAAUUAGAGACGGCGUCCGCACUGAUCCGCCUGUCUGGCUUGUCGCAAGGCCGUGUCGACAGAACGGGAAGCGGCGGCGAGAAGCGGCGGCUAUAUUAGGCGCGUGGCGAAGAGGUGGUGCGUAGCGUUUUCUUGAAGAAAAAGUCGCCGACCAAGGCAAGGACGCUCUCUUCUAAGCUGGAUAUAAUGGAGACUCGCCGACCGACCUACAAGCGUCACGAAGCUACGGGCUGGGUCUUUCCCCGGGACGGCUUCGAGUGGUCAGAGUUCGAAGGCGCCUGCAGCUACCAACCACGCUCCGACGACAUAAUCCUGAUGACCUACCCGAAGUCGGGCACCACUUGGGUCCAGUACAUGCUGUACCUGCUCGUCCACGACAUGAAACCCCUGCCUCCCGGAAGCCGACUGGACAGCUUCGCUCCCUUCCUCGAGAAGGGGGGCCUCAACCUCAUCAGCACCCUUGAAAAGUCGCCUAGGCCCAUCAAGACGCAUCUGUCCUUCGACGUGAUGCCGUGGCAUGCCGAGCCCCGCUACGUCUGUGUGCUGCGGAAUCCAAAGGACGUUUGCGUAUCUCUGUACCACCACGUACGGGGCUUCGAGAAAUACUAUCACUUCACGGAUGGUAGCUUCGACGAUUUCUUCGAAGCUUUCCUGGAAGGAGAAGUGGACUCCGCCGACUACCACGACCACCUGCUGUCACUUUGGCGCCAUCGGGGCAAGGAGAACGUGCUUUUACUGACUUACGAAGACCUAAUGGAACGAACUCUGCAACAGGUCGGUAGGCUCGUCGAACACGUCAGGCCGUGCUUCCCUGCCGACUGGAAAUCUCCCGACUUGGGGUCUCUGGUGGCCGCUGCGAGCUUCGACGCAAUGAAGGCGCAACGUCCCGAACAGUGGGCCAGCACCAGACCAGAAAACAUGCCGGGUUUCAUCCGCCGCGGUCGCGUGGGAGACUGGCGCAACUACCUCACGCAGGAUCAAAACGAAAGGCUGGAGAGCAAGUUCGCACGCAAAAUGACUGGUUCGGGCGCCGAGAUCCUCUGGCCCAAGGAGAUGAAGGGACGUGAAAGCGUGUGAAAGGACAGUGGCCGUGUGUUUUGUGUGGAGCCAGCGGCAUCCGAUGGUGGUCGUGACAAAAGCACGGGGCGAAUUACGAUGUCAUACUCUACCCUAAAGCCGUCGCUUUCGGAGUGAAUACGUGGAUAGCUUACCUAACUGUGUAAAUUAGGAACCGAAUGGAGAAAGUUGUGUGCAUCUGAAAUACGUGCUUUAUUCAAGAUAAAAUUUACCUUCAUAACAA